AAUUUACUUCCGGGUUUAGGAUGGCGCAAAAUUCGAGUUGAUUAUUAAAUUAUUGUUUUCAUUUGAGCUGAAAUGGAUCUAUUUAGGUCUAAGAAGCGUGAUGUUGACCAGGCGUCUCUAGAAGUGGGUGUAGGCCUACAAAAGAAGCACCAUGGUUUGUCUGGUUCACUCAAUGAUCUAUUGGAUAUAGGGAAAGAUGAUGAGGAUGGCUUGGGUACAGCUUCGGAAAACACAGCUUCAGAAUCAGAGGAUGAAGACAACGAUAUCAAUAAAGCAAGUAAAAAGCAGAAGGCUUUUGCCAAAAUCUCAAUCAAGAGGGAGAAACGAAAAGAGAAGGAACAGAGGAAAAAGACUGAAAAAAAUUUGAUCUCCAUGGAUGACUUUCUGGGAAAACAGACAGAGUUCAAGAUGUGGCUGUAUGAAGAGAAAAGCAAGAAUGCAGGAGAAAUGGUUUCACCAAAAUUGAAGGCCCAUUUCAAACAGUUUGUGAGGUUGUGGAACAAGAAGAAACUGGCAUCGAAAUACUACCGCUGUUCAACUCUGCCAGAGAGCCCUGCACCACUCACACCCAAGAAAUUUAACUUUCUGUCAGAGGAGGUUGACGCAGGAGGUAGUCCACUUUUAGCUGACCAGGACAACGAUAUUGCUGAAAAGGAUGUACCCACAUCACCAUUUGUAACAUUUGGAAAGACACCUCCGAAAGUAUUCAGAUCAAAGAAGUUUCAGUUGUUUGGUUCAUCCAGUAAAGAAGUUGCCUUGUUAUCUAUUGCACCAAUUGGUUCCCCUCAAGUUGUACAGAAUGAGAAAGAAAAUAUUUCUAAGGAACAGUAUCAGGUUCCAAAGUUUGGCAAGAAGAAAGACACUUCAGAUGAUGGACAGAAAAUGCCAAGAGGUGCAACUCCAUAUAAGGUAUCAGUGUUUCCGUGGGCAUCAAGAGACAUUAAAGAAGUUGAUCACACUGAUAAAUUUAAUAUCUGCCCCACAGCUACGCCACCAAGCAUGAGUCACAAGGAACUUGAGGAGGAGGAAUCAUGGCCUUCGCCUCCCUCAGAGACAGAGUUGCUAGGAGACCAUUUAAAACCAACCAAUGACUCUCCUAAUGUUCCUCCUCCACCACCUCCAAGACUGGAGAGUCUACAGAAAACAGACUGUGUUACAAAGUCACUAAAAUUGGCUGGUAAUUAUUCUGAUCCUUAUGAUAAAUUACCAGAUACACAGUCCAGCAAGAGACUGGUUUGUUCAGAUUAUCAGGAUCCUGUAGACUGUGUACAAAUUGUAAAACAGCGAACAAUUCCAGAAGAUGCCAGGCUGGUUCUUCAAAACUUGUCUGGUAAUGAUGAACCAGACUUAAGUUUAUACUGUAAGCCUGUUUCAGAAAAGAGAUUCAGCAAAGAAGAGCUGGAAGAACUUUACGCAAAACCUCUGAAAAGAGCAAAGAGAAAUGAUAUUGGAAGUUUGUCAGAAAGUUCAGCAAAGCCAGACCAAAAACCUGAGGAACAAAGUGAUCUUCUCAAUGAAAUAAUGGAUCAUAUAAACAAAAGCAGUUCUGAAGACUCUGGAAAGUUGGCUUCUUUUAAACCUGAUCCUGAUUAUGAAACAAUAGACGAAUGCCUUGCUAAAACUGAACGUAAAACAUUUGAAGACCAAAAGGAUUUUGACGGUGCAGCUGAUGAGACAAAGAAAGUAAUUGAUCUUCCUCACAAGAGUGAAGAUGGUUCUGUCCAAAAAUUCGCUACAAUAUCAAGGUCAAAGAAAAUGAGAGUUAUGGCAGCUUCAACAGAGAAAAUUUAUGAAACCUACCUCAGUCUUGGACGAAGUGCAAACCCAUACAAAAAUAAAAUGGAUAUACCCAAAUUACCUGAGCCUUCUGCUGAAUUCAAAACGGGUACAUUUACACAGUCGUUAAAACUGAAGUCUAAAUCACAGCCAGAUAUUUCAUUUAGUGAAGGAUUUCAGGCGUUUGAAAUAGAUAUGAACAAAGAUCAAGAUCAGAUGUGUUCUGUUCCUCAGAUGAGUUCAUUUAAGCCAGUUGAAAAUGAUAGAAGCACGCAGAAAAAUAUUGGUGAUGUUAAAUUGAAAGACAGUGACAGAGCUAAAAGUUAUGAAGACGGAUUAAGGUACAUAGAAGAGCCGAGAACUCCUAUUAUAAUGGCAACUCCAUCUUUUGACUCUCUUUGUAAUGUGACUCCGCUAAGCUGUAAGUCUUUUUCAUCACAAAGCUUGCCAAACAAAUCAGGGUCAUAUGAAAGCUUGUCAGCUGACAGUCACAUGUCAACUUCCACCUCAUCAAGCCUUUCAUUUGGUCCAGAUGAAAAGUCUGGAUCAGUUCAGAGCUUGCAGUCAGAGAAAUCAUUGUCACCAGUAAAGGAAGAAGAUGAAUUUGACCAAUGUUUGAAUAUGAAAAAUGAAAGGAAUUCCAAUGAAAAUGAAUUGAAGGAAAGAAAAGGAAAAAAAUGUCCUCUGAAAACUGAAAAUGCAGGUGUUGUUAAUAAAGACCACAUGAGGACAAAUAUUGAGGGGACUGUGGAUGUUGCUAAUUCAGAGUAUGAAGCUAAAGCUAAGACAGAUCUCAUUCCUCUUACACCUGGGAAAAUAAGUGCACUUAAACAUGGGAUAGACUUGUCUGUGUAUCUCUUGAAACCAGCAAAGCAAGAUGACAGAGAAAAGGAAAAUGUAUCAGAAAGUGAGAAGAGUUCUCAACAAACCACAGAUCACAAUGCUGGAAAACCUAAAAGGAUGGUUGAAUCUCAUUGCAGCCAGAAACUGUUUGAUACACAGGCCAGAUUAGCUAUAAAGGACAGGCUCUCUGGUGUGAAGACUAAAGUUGACCAAGCAAAGACCACUAUAAGGAAGGAAACUGAGAGACGCCACACUGUACAAACAGUUCAAGAAAUUACUGCAAGAUCUGAAGAUAAUAGAUUCAUUCAGAAUGCGUCAGAUACUAGAAAAGAUGAAACUGUUAAACUUGGUAAAUCAAAGUUUUACCAAGGGGCUAAUGGACGUUUUGAUGGCUCACACGAACCAGACAGUAAGAGACAUUGUGGAGAAAAAAAACGUGGAAUGAGUGUGGAUGAUCAUUAUCUAGAAACUGAUUUAGAUAAGGUGAUAACAGAUAAAACCAGAAAACCAAUGAAGAAAAGUAAAAGUCACAGUGGUUUUGAGACAGGCAGUAGUGCUGUUGUUACAGAGAUAUGGUAGAUGACUUUGGGAUGUGAUAAUGUUUGUCAAGAAAAAAGUGAAGUAAUUUGGUUGUGUUAAUGCUUUGUGAAGGUUCCUAGCUAAGACUUUAGUAUAACACACUCUUCAAUAUGAUGUUGACAUGCUUCAACAAUUUUUUUCUUUUUGUGAAAUUAAAGGGUUACUGUAUUUGUGCUCUAUUUGUAAACACAGGGGAAAAGUUGUCAGAUAUAUAUUAUCAAAUUGGCUGAGUAUUUAAUGUGAUUUUUAGCUCACCUGUCACUUAGUGACAGGGUGAGCUUUUGUGAUCGCCCUUCGUCCGUCGUCCGUCCACAAUUUCUUGUCUGCACGAUAGAGGUUUCAUUUAUGAUUUUAUUUUAACCAAACUUGCACACAACUUGUAUCACCAUAAGAUCUCGAUUCUUUUUUGCUUGAACUGGCCAGAUCCCAUUAUGGGUUCCAGAGUUAUGGCCCCUGAAAGGGCCAAAAUUAGCUAUUUUGACCUUGUCUGCACAAUAGCAACUUUAUUUAUGAUUUGAUUUUUACCAAACUUGCACACAACUUGUAUCACCAUAAGAUCUUGGUUCCUUUCUUGAACUGGCCAGAUUCCAUUAUGGGUUCCAGAGCUAUUUUGACCUUGUCUGCACAGUAGCAGCUUCAUUUAUGAUUUGAUUUUUACCAAAGUGGCACACAACUUGUAUCACCAUAAGAUCUUGGUUCCUUUCUUGAACUGGCCAGAUUCCAUUAUGGGUUCCAGAGUUAUGGCCCCUGAAAGGGCCAAAAUUAGCUAUUUUGACCUUGUCUGCACAAUAGCAGCUUCAUUUAUGAUUUGAUUUUAACCAAACUGGCAUACAACUUGUAUCA